AUGACGCAGUCGACGGGUGCGUUGGAGACGGUGGAUUUCCUCCUCUCCAAGGCAGCUCGCUUGGACAAGGCCCUGAAGUCGCUGCCGAAGACGGACCGAAAAACCUUGCACACCUCGUCCCACAAGCGCGCUCGACGUUUGCUGCGCAACCUCUCCUUCCCAGCCAAGGCGGAUGGAGGGCAGAGCAUGGCGAGUGAGCUGACAGCAGAGAACAUCGAACAUCGCAUUGAUGUGCUGACGGCAGUGAAGAGCUCAGCGGUGUCCUUCGCCAAGAAGAUGCCUCCUUUGACCGAUGCCCUCACCGUGGGUCCGGAUGCCAUCGCGGUGCGGGCUUGCGUAGCUUGGAGUGGUGGUGGAAAAUGGUGGGUGGGGAAGGUGGGUGGUGUGAACCGGCAAAUGCCGAAUGCCUUGGAAGCUCGAGAAGGUUUGGCCGAGGAUCUCUGUACCGAAGAGAUCUCGAAGACUGGGGCAUCCUUGCAAUAUGUGCCUUGGACGCUGUUGGGCUGA